CCUACUCUUGCCCUGCUCCCAACAGGUCCAUGUCUUUCCUGUGCUGAGGACUCCAGAGCUGGAUGCAGUGCUCCAGGGGAGUCUCACCAGUGGAGCUGAGGGGCAGAUUCCCCUCCCUCAACCUCCUGGCCACACUGCUGGUGAUGCAGCCCAGGAUACAGCUCACUUGCUGGGCCCAUGCACAUUGCUGGCUCAUGUCCACCUUUUCAUCCACCAGCACCCCAAGUCCCCUCCAGGUCUGCUCUCACUCCUUUUAUUCCCCAGCCUGUAUUCAUGCUGGGGGUUACCUUGAACCAGGUGCAGACCUUGCACUUGGCCUUGUUGAACCUCAUGAUGUUCACAUGAGCCCCCUUCUCUAGCUUGUCUGGGUCCCUCUGGAUGGCAUCCCAUUCCUGAGGCACAUCAGCUGCACCACUCAGCUUGCUCUCAUCUGCACAUUUGCUGAGGCUGCACUGGAUCCCACUGUCUAUGUUAUUGAUGAGAUGGACUCCAGAGGGACAUUACUUGUCCCCAGUCUCCACCUGGACAUUGAGUUGUUGACCACUACCCUCUGGAUGUGACCAUCCUGCCAGUUCCUCAUUCACUAAGCAGUCCAUCCAUCAAAUCAAUCUCUCCCAAGUUUAGAGAGAAGGAUGUUGUGGGGGAUCAUGUCAAAGGCCUUAACAGAAGCCCAGAGAGACAACAUCUGUAGUUCUUCCCUUGUCUACUCGUCAUCAUAGAAGGCCACUAGGCUGGUGAGGCAGGAGUUGCCCUUGGUGAAGCCAUGCUGGCUCUCACCUCUCUGUCCUCCAUGUGCCUUAGCAUUGCUUCCAGGAGAAUCUGUUCCAUGAUCCUUGGCAGGCACAGAGGUGAGGCUGACAGGUUGUUAGUUCCCAGGGUCCUCCUUUCUACCUUUUUGAGAAGGGGGUGCAAUGUUUCCUUUUUUCCAGUCACCAGGGGUUUCAUCUGCCUGCCAUGACUUUCAGGUAUGUCGAGUGGCUUGGCAACGACAUCAGCCAGUUCACUCAUGACUCGGGUGCAUCUCAUCAGGUCUCAUGGACUUAAGUGUAUGUUCAGGUUCCUCAGGUGGUUACAAACCUGAUCUCUUACUGUAGAAGGGACUUUGCUUCCCCAGUGUGUCACAGCCUGUGCAUUCGGGAGCUGUGGGAAGAGAUGUUGCUGGUAAAGACUGAGGCAAAAGAAUUGCCGAGUACCUCAGCCUUGUCUGGUGUUACUAGUUUGCCAGUUGUGUUCAUCAGUGGGGGGUAUCCUUUCUUUGACCUUCCUUUUCUGGCUGACAUCCCUGUAGAAGCCCUUCUUAUUCUUUGCAGCCCUUGCCAGGUUCAGUUUCAGCCAUGCCCUUUACCUUCCUGACCACAUCCCCACAGAACUGGGCAGCAUUCCUGUACUCUUCCGAGGAUACCGGUCCCUUCUUCCACUGCCUGCGCAUUUCCUUCUUGCCCUUGAGUUGGACCAGUGGGUCUUGACUCAGCUGUGCUGGUCUCUUCCCUUCCGUCCCUCCUUUCUUACACGUGGGGACCGAGAGCUCUUGUGCUCUACAGAAAGUGUCCUUGAGAUCUGCCAGUUCUGUUCUUCCAGUGUCGCUGCCUGCAACUGGAAGGACAGAGGAAAAAACUACCUGUGCAAGAUCCUCUUAAAAUGGCAAGGCCAGGAAGUCUCUUGAUUGCCUUUGGACUAGGAGUUGCGGCCACAUCAAAGAGGAACGUGCUCCGCUCCGGAGCAGCUUCCCCCAGCACCUGGUGCUUUCCUGUGCGUUCCGCUCUCCAGGCCAGCAUGGUGCAUUCGCUGAUUGAAGCGUAUUCCUUGCUUGACCAGAUGAGGAUAGUCAAGCCAAAAACAGCCUCCAUGGAGGAGAUGGCCAGCUUCCACACGGACGCCUACCUGCAGCACCUGCAGAAAGUCAGUGAGGAGGGGGAUGAUGACCAUCCAGAGUCCGUGGAGUACGGACUGGGUUACGACUGCCCAGCUACCGAAGGGAUCUUUGAGUACGCGGCAGCCGUGGGAGGAGCCACCAUCACCGCAGCCCAGUGCCUGCUGGAGGGCAAGUGCAAGGUAGCGAUUAACUGGCCUGGAGGGUGGCAUCAUGCAAAGAAGUGUUGUUUUCACAGAGAUGAAGCUUCUGGCUUCUGUUACCUCAACGAUGCUGUCCUGGGGAUCCUGCGGUUGCGCCAGAAGUUUGACCGUGUCCUUUAUAUCGAUUUGGAUUUGCAUCAUGGGGAUGGAGUUGAAGAUGCCUUUAGUUUCACCUCAAAAGUCAUGACUGUUUCUCUGCACAAGUUUUCACCAGGAUUUUUCCCAGGCACUGGUGAUGUGACUGAUGUUGGCCUGGGGAAGGGUCGCUAUUACAGCGUGAAUGUGCCUAUUCAAGAUGGCAUUCAGGAUGAGAAAUAUUACCAGAUCUGUGAAACCGUGCUGAGGGAGGUGUACGCCGCCUUCAGCCCCGAGGCAGUUGUGCUGCAGCUGGGGGCAGAUACCAUGGCUGGAGACCCCAUGUGCUCCUUCAACAUGACGCCCGUGGGAGUGGGCAAGUGCCUGAAGUAUGUCCUGCAGUGGCAGCUGCCCACUCUCAUCCUGGGAGGAGGAGGCUACAACCUUGCCAACACAGCUCGCUGCUGGACAUACUUGACUGGGGUCAUCCUUGGGAGAACACUGUCCUCCGAGAUCCCUGAUCAUGAGUUCUUCACAGAGUAUGGACCCGAUUAUGUGCUGGAGAUCACACCAAGCUGCAGACCAGACCGCAACGAGCCACAGAGAAUUCAAGAAAUUCUUAACUCUAUCAAAGGGAAUCUGAAGCAUGUUGUUUAGCGGAGUAGGAAGGCUCAGGUUUCUGCAAGAGCAUUUUCCAGGGGGAAGACGGCCUGUUUGUAUGAGCAGCUGGUGAAGUUUGUGGGUAUGGGGGAAAUCUGGAAGAAAUUACUGUUGGUUUGUUGAUUUUGUUCUUUUUAAAGACAAAGCUGCUGUGCACCAUGAACACCGUGGCUCUCCCCAGGCAGUAGUGUGGGCCCUCCAGCCACAGCCUUCCAGUGCCAGCAGAGUCUCCCUUGCUCCUUUCUCUUUACUUUUUUAACACCACAGACUUUAUUCUCACAACUGAUUGAAAGUGUUUUUUAAGAGAGGGGCUGCUCAGAGCUGUGAACCCUCCCCAGCUGGAGCCCAGUGCCACUUUGCUUUCCUGGCAGGGGAGCAGUGCUGAGGGCCUGCUGGGGCCCAGGGCUCAGCCUUGACCUCUUACCCACACAAAGGCGCAGCCGCCGUGUUUUUAACUGGGAUUUUUUAUUUUUUAAUAAAGUAUUUUAAAUACUC